AGUGCCUCAUCGAGGUGGAGAUGCAGAAAUGCGGCUGCGCUUUCUACACCCGAGAGCUCUCACCUUCCUUCACCACCAAGAUAUGCUCGCUCACUCAAAUGAAUGACUGUAUCGCUGAAACCAAGGACAGCGGCCACUACGACCACUGCGAGACAGCCUGUGACCUCGCUUGCAAGGAAACCGAGUAUGAUGCGAGGCUGGCUGGUUUCUCAAAAUAUCAGGGUCUCAACGAAACAACGGGCAAGUUUGGACUGCACCUGAGCUUCGCCACGUCCGCCGUUGAAGUAUUUCUCUACGAGCCGGCAAUGAAGGUGGAGGAGGUCUUUGGAUACGUUGGGAGCUACCAAGAGAUUUGGCUGGGAAUCUCCAUGGUAUCAGUCGUGUUCUACGCCUCGAGGUCGUGCAAGAACCUCCUGAGUGACCCCGACAAUACGUACAGAACGAUCUUCAGCCACUUUUGGCGCCGUCCGAAGAGCAACCGAGUGAUUUCUCUGAACGUUGGUUGAGCUAAUCGAAGUCACAGCGGAGGACCGGCGUGGCAUCCUAUCGCAGUGAGGCACAACAAUAUAAAUAGUAUGUUUCUGGCUAUAGAGGCUCUCUUUCGCUGUUCGGCUCUAAUAGUUGCUCGAGUGUCUGCGUGUUAUUGCAUUGGUCACGAAGUUGUGGAAAAUGCUGACCGUGCACAAUAAAAUUUCUUUGUUUAACUUUA